AUGGCCGCCUCCACCAUGUCUGUCUGCUCUGACGCUUGCACCAACUCCUCCUGGCAGGUGGACGACUGCCCAGAGAGCUGCUGUGAGCCUGGCUGCUGUGCCCCCAGCUGCUGUGCCCCCAGCUGCUGUGUCCCCAGCUGCUGCCAGCCCAGCUGCUGUGCCCCAGCCCCCUGCCUGACCCUCAUCUGCACCCCAGUGAGCUGUGGGUCCAGCCCCUGCUGCCAAUCUGCCUGCAGCAGCUGCUGCACACCCUCAUGCUGCCAGCAGUCUAGCUGCCAGCCCUCAUGCUGCCAAUCCUCCUGCUGUGUGCCUGUCUGCUGCACACCCAUCUGUUCUGGCUCCUCCUCAUGCUGCCAGCAGUCUAGCUGCCAGCCAGCAUGUUGCACCUGCUCCCCCUGCCAGCCAUCCUGUGUGACUCUUUGCUGCAAGCCUGUCUGCUGCACACCCAUCUGCUCUGGAUCCUCAUGCUGCCAGCAGUCUAGCUGCCAACCCUCAUGCUGUCAAUCCUCCUGCUGUGUGCCUGUCUGCUGCAAGCCUGUCUGUUGCACACCCAUCUGUUCUGGCUCCUCAUGCUGCCAGCAGUCUAGCUGCCAGCCCUCAUGCUGCCAGCCAUCUUGCUGUGUGCCUGUCUGCUGCAAGCCUGUCUGCUGCAAGCCCUGCUCCAGUGUGUCCCUGCUCUGCCGCCCUGUGUGCAGACCCGCCUGCUGUGUGCCCAGCUCCUCCUGCUGUGCCUCCUCCUGCCAGCCCAGCUGCUGCAAGCCCUGCUCCAGCGUGUCACUGAUCUGCCGCCCUGCUUGCUCCAGCCAGGCCUGCUGUGGCCUCUCUUCUGGCCAGAAGUCCAGCUGCUGA